AUGGAAACACGAAACGGUGAGGGGCCCUUGGAACUGCCGCCCCAGCACGAGGUCGUGUCUGCGGCCCAAAAGUACAUCGCAGGGUUCAACUCGGCCAUUCCACUAUUCAAUCCCGAUAGAUUAUUGUAUGUAAUCAGAAGAUGGUACGAAUCCUCGGACCGGAGAGACUAUACUACCUGGGCGGCCAUCAACACGAUGCUCGCGUUGGUUCAUCGACAGACACCACCCGAAGAAGCGACGCCUAGCAAAAACACAGCCAAGUACACCAACAACGCACAGUCGGUUCUCACAAAUGUCGUCAUGGAGGAGACGACGCUACUGAGCGUACAAGUUCUCGUGGGAAUGACCCUGCUCUUCCAGGGGGUUCAAGACUUGAAACCUGCAACAAUGUUGAUCGCCAUGGCUCUACGCCUGGUGCAUCAGCUAGGGCUGCACACGCGAAAAGGCUCAGAGCACCUCGAUAGUAAUCUCACGCUAGAAAGGUACCGUGUGUUCUGGAUAGCUUACAUCCUCGAUCGGGACAUUAGCAUGCGAACCAAACAGCCACCUAUCCAGCGAGAGAUGGACAUCGAUCUGGAAUGGCCAUCGGCUGAUCCUCAAGAUGGGGCUGGCGUUUUUAUCGCCGCGGACGGCACAUCCAGUUUCAAUUUCUUCUUAUCCCGCGUUCAGUUGGCUCAAAUUCAAGGCGAGAUCUAUGACGCCAUGUAUUCGACAGGUUCUCGCGCCUUGAGCAAUCAAGAGAAGCUCGAGAGGGCAGCGGGUCUGCGCUACAGGCUCGACGACUGGUUCUAUCGUGUACCGCAGCAAUUCCGAUCCGAGGCCAUAUUGAGCGUAGGUGAAGUAAACUCAUCCAGAUACUUCGGCGUCCUUUUCGCUACUCAUCUUUUCUGUCGGAUCUCCAUGUGCCAGGUUCACGUCAUGGAAACUCGAUGGCUUCAGACGCUGCAAGAUUUUGGUAGAGACGCCGUUCGAGGCGAUGCCGUCUCACCAACACCCUCGCCAGUUGGCUGGCAUGAGGUUGUCAACGAGUGCCGUGAAUACAUGAAGCUAUUCGCGGGCAUCGAACAAAAAGAUCCCGCAUUCAUUUGGAUGACUGCUUGCACUUAUAUAUCUGCGGGAGUUUGCUUAAUAGCCAACAACAUGUUCAACCCGUACCAUGAGAACAUGGAAUACGAUGAGCGCCUGGCAAACAUUUCAUUCUCUUUCUUGGACGAUAUGGCUCAGCAAGUACCCCUUGAUGGACUCAAGAGGGCACAAGAGUCAUGCCAGAUGCUGCAGCAUCAAGCUUAUGCAGUCCGCCUCCGAAUCUCCAACCAGGAUUCAUGCCAUUGA